UAUCCCUCCUCUCUUAAAGAGGGCAUUCUUGGUAUAUGGUCUGGAUUUAUUUUUCUCAAUUCUUUACUGGAUCUAGUUCUCACUGUUAGAAAUUAAUACGUAUUCAAGUUAAUUAUGGAUAGUAAUAUUUGGUGGCUGAUUUUACCUGGAGUUCGUAAGUCAGUCCUUUGUCCCCUAUUCAUUAAUUCAACAUUUGCUGAGCCAGGACCUGUAUUAUACCGUGGGAUACAGAGUAGCACACAGUUAAGUCUGGCGCUCCCAGUCCGGGAAGAGUAACUGACCUUACUGAUUAUGCACCUACUAGGUGCCAGGCACCAUUCUGACUUGUAUACACUGUCUUGGUUAUCACAAUGAUCCUGCGAGGUAGGUAGUCAUGGCCCCGUUUUAAAAAUGAGAAAACUGGCUCGCCCCCAUGGGGGCUGGAGAGCCCUAGUCCGAGCAGCCUGGCCUGUGCUCUGAUACCGACCCUCCCCGGAGGCCCACCAGCGCCCCAGAGGACACAGAGAGAACGGUGUCACACGUGGCCUUGGGCUGGGCGCCAUGGACGCCAUGGACGCCUUCACCCGCUUCACCAACCAGACCCAGGGCGGGGACCGACUCUUCAGAGCCACUCAAUACACAUGCAUGUUGCUUAGGUAUUUGUUAGAGCCUAAAGCUGGCAAAGAGAAGGUGGUAAUGAAGCUCAAGAAACUGGAGUCCAGUGUGAGCACUGGUCGUAAAUGUUUCAGACUAGGCAAUGUGGUACAUGCUGUACAGGCAGAGAUCUUAAUCCUUGGGCUGGGCCUUAAUGGAUGUUGGGUUUCUUUUUUCUUUCUUUCUUUCUUUUUUUUUUUUGUCUUUUUUCGUUAUGAAAUCUCCCUGCAGAUGGAACGGAUUGCACAUGACAGGGCAAAGAGGGAGAAAUCCCAGGAUCCUCUUGGGCACAGUGUGGCUGAUGAGGAACCAGAAUGGCUCCAGUCCUUUCUCCUUCUCUUAUUCCAAUCUCUGAAGCAGCAUCCUCCCUUGCUCCUGGACACAGUGAAGAACUUCUGUGAUAUCCUGAACCCUUUGGACCAGCUGGGGAUCUAUAAGUCCAAUCCUGGCGUCGUUGGACUUGGAGGUCUUUUGUCUUCUAUAGCAGGCAUCAUCACCGUGGUAUAUCCUCAAAUGAAGCUGAAGAUCCGCUAGGGUGUUUUUAGGCUGAGGACUAGUACUAGCUUUAAAAGAUGGCUUCUUAGUGGAGUGGACAUUUGCAUUAGUCACAGACCAUGUCAUACUGUACUCGAGUUCUUGUUCACAUGAACAUUUAGGGGCCUGUGAUGUGAGCAGAGGUGGGGCCAAGAAUGGAGAAGCGGGAAGCAUGAUGAUUUAUGUAUGUUUUUUAGAGUACUAGAGUGACUUCUGAAUUUCUGAAUAUUUUCUCUUCAUUUAACAAUUAUCGAGCAUCUUUUAUGUACGUAGUAGGAGCUAAGUGAAUAAAAAUUGAAAGGAAAAAAAAUUGGAAAA